GAUUCAGGCUGGAAAAAUGAGAAAUAUUUCAACCUCUCAAAAACAACAUCACAUUUUCCAAUUACUGCGUUACUGGGAAUUCCAAGCCAGAGGAAUCGCCGUCUCGCAAGUCAGUUCAAAGCAGUAAUAAACACAGAAGAAAAAUAUAUUAAAAAGCCUCACGUCAACUAUGGCAAGCAACGACGCAUCAGGCCCAGUCACAGACUACGACAAAUUCAUGGUUGAGGGCUGGGGCAGCGUGCAAGAGUUCAUGGCCGCCUUCAAGCUUCAGCCGGGCGACAUGGCCAAGGCGCACCGGAUCAUUGACGAGAUAUGCGCGCCGCAGCCCGACGACGAGGAUGUGGACGAGGAUGGCGACGGCGCCAUCGACUAUGACAAGUUCAUGAAGGACGGCUGGGGCUCCGCGGACAAGUUCUUGGCGGCGCACGGGUUGAAGGCGGGUGAGAUGGACAAGGCUAGGAGGAUCAUCGAUCAGAUGUGCGCACCUGACGAGGAUGAGUGAAGGGUGGUGGGUUUACUCUUGUUCUUUUGCAUAAGAAGGCGAUGAUCGGAAACUACGAUGCCCUGACAUCACCCGAGCCGAGAUGGGCUGCAUUUACGCGCCGACUCGGGUGUGUACGCCGGUUGCGCUGAUGCCAUGAUGCGUCCUGGUUUGAAACUCGGGUGUGACUACAUGGACCUGGGACUUCAGGGCCUACACUCACAGUCUUGGGCUCAUUCCACGUCCCAAGCUGUCGGCCACCAUUUGGCUGCUCGAAGCCCAGAAAGAAUCAGACACUUGAGCAUAGAGUUGAUCAAUCUGCAGCAAGCCGCCUCCAUUUGGGCAUAUCCAACCUUGUCAAUUCCGGCCAGGGAAUGUCAAAAACAUAGAAGCAACCUCAUUUAAAAUGGAAAUUAUAAGUUCUUUCCAUUCA